UUGGUAGAGUGGACCAUGUAUUUUGAGUCAUCUGACAGAAAAGGGUUUAAAGAAGAGAUGGGUGGUAGAGGUAAGCGCCCUUUUUCAUACUGUUCCUCUUCUUCUACUUCAUCUUCUCCUCAGUACAAAACCCAGCUGCCUCCUCAAGGCAACUCUCGAUGGGAGCCUCAUCAGAUUCACGACACCCACCAUCAAAUGAGUCCCAGCUGGUUAGGCAAUAGGGACGAACUGGUAGAAGAUAAGGAAACAACAGUCACAACUACUGUAAGCGAAGCUAAUUCUACACGCGUAGACUCAGAUUCAACCCUUGAGCUCAGGAGUAGUGCAAGUGACAACAUCGAGAAAGAACACAUGUUCGACAAAGUAGUCACUCCAAGCGAUGUGGGGAAACUCAACCGGCUUGUUAUCCCAAAACAACACGCUGAGAAGUAUUUCUCAUUGGAUUCUUCUUCAAACGAGAAAGGUCUUCUUUUGAAUUUCGAGGACAGGAAUGGGAAGCCGUGGAGAUUCAGGUACUGUUAUUGGAGUAGCAGCCAAAGCUAUGUUAUGACCAAAGGGUGGAGCCGUUUUGUCAAGGAUAAGAAACUCGAUGCUGGCGAUAUUGUUUCUUUCCAGAGAGGGGUCGGUGAUUUGGGUAAAGGUCGUCUUUUUAUUGAUUGGAGGCGGAGACCUGAUGCAUCGGAGACGCAGGUUUCUUUCCAUCCCCAUCAUCAGCAACACCAUUUCCCCUUGCACCGCUCGAUCCCAUGGAAUCCAUUGCUCAUGCGACCGCCACCAACAGGAAGAGAUCACUUGCACCCGCCACAGAUAAACCCUCUUAGCCGAAAUAACUACUACGGAGGCUAUCCUUCUGGGAACAACGUGGUGAAUCCAGGUGGUACGAUGGGUUCAGUAUUUUAUUUGAGAUCAGCAGUGGUUUCAGCACCCCCACAAAUGGGAAUGGGAAUGAUGGAGUGGCAACAGAAAGGUGGAGUUGUAGAGCCUGUUGCGUUUGAUUCGGUACCGGUGGUCCAAGGCAAGGCAGCAGCCAAGAGGUUAAGGCUUUUCGGGGUGAACAUGGAUUGCCCCAUAUCGGAGUACGAUGAGUAUGAUGUGAUAUCAACAACUACGAUGGCAUCGCAGCCUCUUCAACGCUCUUCAUCAUCUCAGCAUCCUCUCCAAUUAAGGCUCUACAAUGGCACUCCACUGUCCCCCACUGAGUUCCUUAACCCAAACAAAGGGAAGGCUUCCAUGUCCUUGGAUUUAGAUAUCUGACGCCACAACAAAUUGACUUGGCAUAAUGUUUCUUCAAUCCCCCAGUUCAAUUACCUUUUCCACAAUCAACAGUACACCACCAACAAACAACAACAAAAUGCCUGGAGAUAAGACUAGAAUUACAG